AUGCUUGCGUCAGCCCACAAGUUGGACUCUUCCGGCCUUCUCUCCAUUCACACGAGCCAUCACCUGAUUAGGUUGGUGCUGAUGGGCUCAAACUACUCUCCUUUAUUCCCCCAUCCCACUCGUGUGAGAAGAUGGAUAUUUAGCGAUUUCUGUUAUCGUUCACGUGUUUUAAUAGCCCCUGUUACCGUAUAGAUGUGCUGACCUGAUGAGCAUUUAUUGAAAACAAAAGUCUGCUCGUCAAAACUUUGAGGCAGUUUACUCAGAAGUAAAAUAAAGUUAAUGAGGCACGACGCUCAGCGGACAUUUACUGAAUCAGCAUGUCUCGCUGAGGGUUCAGUUUUUGGCCAACACUGCAUCAUGGCUCACGUCUGGCUUUUUGUCCGUUGGGUUUGGCUACCGGAUUGUCAUCUGCCUGACAGAUGCUCUGCGAGUGACACCUGCGACGCCUCCCCAGACGAGUCUUUACCCUCCCUUCUUUGAUAUGCCUUCGGAGAUGAUUGUAGGCUGGGCAGUGCUCCACACAACAGGUGAUUGGGUUUGAGUUAGACUUUAACUACUCCCGUAAUUACCGGACCAUUUGUAAGUUCGCAGCUGGCAGUUAUGCAAGUCCCAGUGAAGUCGAAAUUGAGGUAAACGUUAGCAUACGGUGCUUGGGAAACUUGAUCAUAGGGUCUCACUGACGCUUUGUGCUCCUUCGCUCAUUUUUGUAACAAUCUGUUCAACCUGUGUAACUGGAGGAUUAAUUGUCGGGUUCAGCGCCAAAGGCAAGGGUUACCUGUUCGCCGUAGUAUGAUGGGCAUGGCCCGAAUGUGGAUCGAUGGAUAAUACCUACGCUUUAGUCGGUUACUGCGUGCCCUCUGCUUUGGGCACACAUUUGCUGUAGCCAGAGUUCUUUGUGACUCACGUGUUGGCCUGUUGCUCACUGUUCCUGCGUUGGUCUACAUGCCCUGUAUGGUAAGGCUUCUAGGCUAUAAGUUUGCUAGAAACUAAACAUUCGAAUAACUCGUCUCGGCCGAUCUGGUUUCAGUGGAUUAGAACUGGACGAAGUAACUGACGGAUUUUCAUUUUCUUGAGCUGAACUCGUGUAUAGAUGCAAAAGUCAGAUUAAAAAUGGGACCGAACUUGUUCCUUAUUUUUGCCGUUAUUCCUCUCAAUAAGAUCUUGUAAUAAAAAUAUUCGUCUCUGUCAGUCAAGGCUGGCCUGACUGAUGAAAAACGACGCGCUCUAGGCAUAAGGUAUCAUUUUGAAAACGAAAAGUCCGCUCUCAUCACUACUUUUCCAGGGCUUGGCUUCUUGCCUGAUGCCUGCGAAGUUAAGUCAAGCACACUUGGUGUCUUCGUUAAGAGGGAAUACGCGAGUUUUCACUCUCAAUCCUUUGCAAUAUCCUCGUAUUUGUGCUUGACUAUAACAGCCAAGGUACUGGUUCUAUCCCGACCACCAAACCAGAACCAAGUUCGCCAGCGGGAGGGUUGUAUUCUGUGUGGAAAGGUCGAAGGACAGUCCUAGCAAAUAGCGCGCAUUCGCGUCCCACGAACGCGCGAACAUUACUCCAGCCGAGCAGAGCGCAACUGAGAGCGUUUGCAGUGUAAUCGAUUUUGUGGCUGACUGGGCCGUUGCCGCUCGCCCUCAGCUGACAGUGAAGUUUCUUCCUGGCACGGUGAUCGAUAUUGUUAUUUUCGGUGUGCAACUUGAAUAUCAUUCAGGAGUAAGUACUUUAAAGUGUGAAUGAAACCCACAGAGUCAGCUAAUUUUUAAAGGCGACGCAGCACAUCAGUGAGGUUACUUUAACGACAAAAAAAAUCUCGCUAGACGAAUUUUGAGAUGUGACAUCGUAGUGCUGUUCAAAUGGAUCUCAGUUCUGUAAAGUGUAUUUAAAUACAGUACUUGAAAAUUCUGUGGGCACCGGAGCACCUGCAUGUUUAUAUUUGUCCUUGUAAAACCGAACUUAUUUUUCUCGGGCGAUGGCGUGAUAAAAACACGACGAAAGAGGGCGUGAAACGGAGUGUUGACCUAUUCGAUUCCGUUUCUUCUAACUUUGUCCUAACCAUCAGCAUGAACAAUACAGUGAUCAUACAUCAAAUGACGCUAAGAAACGACUGCAGCGAACCCAGAAUCAAUGUUAGUGGAACUCGUCUGACACCAGUAAACAGAUUCGCACACCUGGCGAACGAAUUUCAAGACAUUCCAAGUAGGCUUUCCUAUGCUAGUCACGGCUUCGGUCGGUUAUGGCAUUCCAUCUGGAACCGUUGUUGUGAUCAAGUGGUGAGAAUGUGGAUAUUCUGAGCGCCACCAUAAUCAGGGGAAAUCCUAUGUUGGAGAGAGAAGGCGGAAGACACCAGAAUGAGGGGUUUAUUGUGCACAGAACCCGGUGUUGUCCUCUCAGGCGGCAGUGGUCACUGGAGAAGCCAGGGCUGGUCUUGACUGCGUCCAGUCAGGCCUGAGAGUCCUUGAGAUAGUGGUGGCAGCCACUUUUGUAGGCUCGUGGGCCAAGCUCAAGUGGUGUCCAGUCAGCGUAUGUUGCAUUUGCCGAGGGGUGGUGUCCCAGUGGCUUGUUUUGCUGGUUGCAGGGGGUGGCGCGUUCAAGUGGCCGCAUGGGCAGCUGCGACUGCGCGGACGCAGGUAUGCACGAGCUGUUGGUCGUGUGACUUCAGGUCAGCUCGUCUGGGACGGCUCGCUGCAAGGGGUGAAUGACUUUGAUGCAGCGAGGUCUUGGACAAUGACGCCAGACCAGUCAGGAUGGCUAGUCGCCACACCGUCACGGCAUCUACCUCAACAUAAGCCGAGGAUGUACGUGCCUGGUGUGUUGAAAACGAUCAUGUACAGGUUUGAGAGGCAGACUGUGUAUGAAAGCCAAACAAGAAGACUCGAUAAUUUAAACUUCACUUAACUCUGCAUAACAUUGAAAGUUAGGUGGCAAAAAAAGGAUCCCAGACACUGUGAUCCUGGAAAUAACCGGCGUCUUCAGCAUCCACGGGAGGUACAGCUGCAUUGAGGCGACCACCUAAGGAUGCUUGACGAGCACUUACCUAGGGAAUUAUUUUACGCGACAUUGUUACAGAUGUUCGCAGACAGGGCGUACAAAGGCGUCACAAAAAGUACAUCCCGAAAACUUCAGUCAAACACCUGUAAAUCAAUUAGAACACGUAGGAGAACCUCGGCCAAACUCAGUAGACCCAACGCACUACUGUAAAAACCAGUGUAGCGACCUGCGAAGGACACCCUUUACGGGAUGCUAAAGCAAAGAGGGCGAUGCGCAAAUCUUGGAUAUAGCGGAUAACUUUUGAAAGCGCUCAACACCUCCCGUCGUGUACGUAUUAUAAACCUGGAGUCAGGACACAGAUAGACGUUAUUGGGUAUCUAUCGAGUCAAGGGAACGUCAACAUGACCAACCCGCCUCCCAGGCCGCAAAACACGGCCACCGGCAUCAGUAUCAUUCUACCCACCACUAUCAUCAUCGUCAUUCCCACCAACAAUGUGAACCCACUUUCACUCUGUCCCCUUCGCCAUUACACCUUCGGAUCCCACAUCGGCCUGAUCGGUCACUUGCGAAUUCGCUGCAUUGCGAGAGACAAACCUGGUUCAGGAACCCCGGUACAAACUGGUCAUUUCCAGUUCAUUUGCUCACACUGUCCCAGAACGUCUGUUCAUCGCAUGGGUCUAUAGCGUCUGAGCAGUGAGAGUACUCAGAGCACCACGAUCAUCAGGCCAAAUACCGAGUUGUAGGAGAAGACAGAAUUCACAAGAAUAAGGGGUUUAUCGUAUCCCUCCCAGGCGGCAAUGCCCGCGAGAGCUGGUGUUGGUUGCGUCCAAUCAGGGCUGAGAGAAGGAGAGUAGAAGAAGUGGUGACAGCUACUCUCUUCCUCUCUCUCUUCCUCUCUCUUCCUCUCUCUCUCUCUCUCUCUCUCUCUCUCUCUCUCUCUCUUCCUCUCUCUCCCUAUUCCUCUUACAGCCUAUUCUUCUUCUUCUCCUACUCCUACUUUUCGCCGCCGCAGUCGCCAGACUGGCAGGGUAAGCCCGCUCACUCUGGCAGCCUGGAAUGUUUGUUCCCUUUUAGACAAUCCGAGGAGCAACCGACCGGAACGGAGGACGGCGCUAGUGGCACGAGAACUGGCGCGCUACAAGGUGGACAUCGCCGCACUCAGCGAGACCCGAUUCUCCGAACAAGGCCAACUGGAGGAGGUGGGUGCCGGCUACACCUUCUUCUGGAGUGGUUGA